AUGGACUACUAUACGAUGAACCAUGAUGACCGCCCAUCCUUUGACUCCUCCCCACACGACUACUUCUUGUUUGACUCGAAUGAUAUCAACAUAGGUCAUUCCGACAUUGAUUCAGCAGGGGUAGACUAUGAGUCAUUGGUUAACACAAACCGAGAAUUGGUGGUACAACCCUUUGACAGUACAGAGAAUAAUGAACACCAAGCAAUUCUGCUUUCAGACCCUACUUAUGUUCGCCAACAACAGCUUCUUCAAGGCAAAAAAGAAGUAGAGCUCAGAGAUCAACAAGGAUGUGGCGUAGAAGAAGAAAGGCACUAUGACCCCUCGUUACGAUCAAAUUUGACCGCCAGGCUCGAUUUUCAAGAGCAACAUCAACAUCAACAUCAACAUCAAUACCAACAUGAAUACCAACCCCAACCACAACCACAACCAUAUAAGCAUCAAUACCAAAGUCAGUUUUUUUCUCACACUUCACCUUCGCUCUCACCCUCGCCUACUGUUGCUCCCUCUACAAGCACAAAACAGUGGAGGGAACCCAGUUCCUCCAGCCCUCGAAAGAUAACACGCCCAAUUUCACAAAUAAUUCCUGUUUCUUCUUCUUCUACUUCUUCUGUUGAGAUUGAUAAGGGUCUUUCGGCAAAAAUUGAUCAUCAACGUAGAUUCAAUGAACUUCAGGCACGUUUCAGAGUGAGUUACGGUAAUGGACGCAAACCAUCUGGGGGCCAAAAGUCGGUGGCAGCAACAAUAUCGUCAUCAUCGUUGCCAUCGUUGCCAUCAACACUAGCUAGUACAAAUUCUGUUUCCGGUAGUAUUAGUACCAUGCCGCAGAUAGCAACAUCAGAAAUGGAGGAGAGAAGUCAAUUAGAAACCCCUGAGCGAGGAAGAUCUUUCUCGCCUCCCAAAGAUGGGAGCGGGAAUCCCCAGUCGCCUCACUUGGCUACUUCUUUUCCAUCCCGCACAAUGCCUAUCCAGAUUCAAAGAGUACAGCGUGCCAAUACUGCUCAGCCGUUUGAUGCUGAGCAGCAUCAGCGUAGGCUGGAUGACCAGCUCGUGAAAACUGACUUUGGAGACAUUACUGUGUCAGAACUCAAAGAAAUGCUACGGCAAAGAAGCAAGCCGGCUACGGGUAAAAAAGCCGUAUUAAUGCAAAGGUUGCAAGAUGAGCGUGAUAUAAUCAAGGCCGUUCGCCACUCAAAAACACAGCGCCACUCCCAGCCUCCGCCCGCGUCUAACCAUCAGACCGACGUCUCCCGCCCACGCUCUUUCCAAGGCAUCCCCUCUUCUCCUUCUUCUCCUUACAUCGGUUCUCUCUCUAUAGGACAUGCAUCAUCUGUUGAUGGUCCUUCAUCUGUCCCAAACUCGACUAGCUUUGUACCAGGAUCGCCUGCGGGAUCAAUUGGAUCCACUGGCUCUUUGAAUCGGUCUAUCGACAAUCUCCACAUUGGAUCUCCUCCGAUGGCGCCACAACACAUCCGCCGUUAUUCGCCUUACUCACCUCGUCCUGCACCAUCCCCAAAACAAUUUACCGCUCAAUCUUUACCCUCUGCUGACGAAUUAACUAUCCAGCCUUCAUCCUCGUGUUCGUCUUCAUCAUUGCCGCGUUCUCGCCCUUAUCAUCCAGCCUGGAGCACUGGAUUUAUUGGUGGCUCUGGGAACGGGCGUGCGAAGACAUACGCGCCUUUCACUUCAUCCAAUCUUGCGACUCCUGAUAAUGAUGUUGAUGUAAAUCCUUUUGACACGCUAUCUUUUGAUACAACUGAGGUUAAAACAGAGACAAUGGAAUGGCUUGAUCCUUCUAUGGAAGAUAUCCUAUUGCAAGGUUCCAUGACUGCAUCACCACAGCCAACUCAUCUUCCCCUUCCUCUUACACUUCCUAUCAAUGACACUACAGAGGCACCUCUUGACUUACUCGGAACGCUCAGUCCAGAGGAUUUUAUGGCCCUUUUGGGUCAUCAGGGCUGGGCUGCCUCAUAA